AUGCCCCCCUCACUGCUGCGCGCCUGCCCCGCCACACAAACGCUCCUCCUCGACAUCCCCAGCACGCUCUCCGCGCCGCCGGGCCUCGCCCCGCGCAGCACGCACAAGCCCCUCGCCGCACCGCACGCCCUCGCCGACCCCAAGCAGCAGACGCCCUUCACGCAGUCGCUCUCCGCCCUGCACGCGCGCCUCCUCCCCACGCUCACCGCCGCGCUCGCCGACCUGCACGCAAACUACACGGGCCCGUACCACCGCCCGCGCAGCACCGACUCCCCCCCACCCGCCCACUCCGAACUCGACUUCCACGCCUGCACGCCGCUCCUGCAGCCCUCGCUCCCCGACGACCACCAAGAAGGCAUCGCCCUCACCCUCACCGCGCCCACAGUCCUCGCCGACAUCUCCGACAUCCACGCCAUCCCCAUCACCAACGCCUCCGACUCCUGGCUCACGCUAACCCUCACCCACCCCUCCCCGCCCAAGCUCUUCCACCUGCCCCCGCGCGCCUCCUUCCUCCUCUCGCGCUUCCAGGCCUCCGCCGCCACAUUCAGCGCCUUCACCGCCGCCGCCGCAGGCGGGCGCUUCGACUUUGCCCUCCUCGACCCGCCGUGGCCCAACCGCUCCGCGGCGCGCAGCAACGCAUAUGCCACGCUGUCGCGCUUCAACAUUCACGAGCUCUUGCAGCUGCCGCUAGGCACGGCGCUGGCCCCCGGGGCGCUGGUGGGCGUGUGGAUCACGAAUAAACCAAGGUACCGCGCGUUUGUGGUGGAGCGGCUGUUUGCGCGGUGGGGGGUGGAGGAGGCGGGGGAGUGGGUGUGGGUGAAGGUUACGAGUGCGGGCGAGCCCGUGGUGGCGCUGGAGGCGGCGAUGCGGAAGCCGUAUGAGGUGCUUGUGUUUGGGAGGAAGCCCGGUAGUGGUAGGAGGGGGAGGGAGGGCAAGAGGGUUAAGCUCGGGGUGGAGGAGGAGGAGGUGGGGGUGGGGGUGGGGGUGGGCAGGGUGCCGGGGAGGACGAUUGUGGCGGUGCCGGAUUUGCAUUCGAGGAAGCCGGGGGUCAAAGAGCUCGUGGAGCCAUAUCUACCGGAGAACUACAGGGCCUGUGAGAUAUUCGGGCGAAACCUCACCGAGGGAUGGUUUACGUGGGGCGACGAGGCAAUCAAGUUCAACUGGGACGGCCACUGGAAACCGGAGGCCGAGAAUACUGCUACUGCUGCUACGGCUACGGCUACGGCUACGGCUACGGCUCCUGCUGAGAAUGGGGACGGUGGUGAUGAGAUGACUGACGAGUGA